GCGCACACUCGCUUCACUCUAUCGCCCGCCGCUCGAUCGAUUUCCCGCCCUUUGUUUACGCCGGCGCGUGAAUUUCCACUACGCGUGUGAGGUUAGUGCGUUUUUUCACAAUAAUUCGCGUUGGGACUGGAAUAAAAAAAAAACUUGACCGAGUAGUGUUGUGUCUUGUUUGUUUAUGUGCAUUUACUAAAGACAGGUAUAUACAGGUACGGAGAAAGAUAUGACGUCGAAUGACUUUAGACUGGAGAGAAAUGUGGAGCUAUCGGCCGAAACGAGAGAGAUAGCUGAGAGAGAACUGAGGGAAACCCCAGAGAGGGUGAGAGAGGCUUUAGAAAGACUGAGGGAACUGCUGAAGGAGAACAAAGACUUGUACUUUGGUGAUGAUGAUGAAAUCCUCACAAUAUUUCUACGCCCCUGCAAAUGGUAUCCAGAAAGCGCCUUGGCACUUAUGCGACGAGUGGCCGAGUUCAAGAAAGAAAACGCAUGCUUACUGGACGGACUUCUUCCUGAACACGAAAUAAACUCUUUCUUGGAGCACAAGGUCGUGAACGUCUUGAAGGGCAGGGACCACAAGGGCCGUAGAGUGUUGAUCGUUAAUGUUGGAGGUAGUUGGGACCCAAAGAAGGUUACAGCUGACCAGCUGUUCCGGUUGUUCUACCUCAUCCAUGAGGCCGCCAUGCUGGAGCCCGAGUCCCAGGUGCGAGGGACCAUCGUGGUGAUGGACUUCCAUAAUAUGGGAUGGAGUCAGACGAUGGGUUUGACACCGAGCUUCUCGAAACGUCUGCUGACUUUCAUUCAAGACGCGAUGCCGCUGCGGUUGAAGGAGGUGCACUUCGUGAAGGAGCCCAUGAUCUUCAACGUCGUGUGGAAGAUGUUCAAGCCGCUUAUCAGAGAAAAACUAAAGAACAGAAUUUUCUUCCAUGGCUCAAAGAUGUCAUCUCUCCACAAACACCUUGAACCAAGUCACCUGCCGGCUGACUACGGUGGUGAACUGCCCACCAUAGACUACUCCGGCGCCGAGUGGUACCCCGUUAUCAAUGAAGUUCUGCCGCACAUACAUAAGUGGAACACUUACGGCUUUGCCAAAAAUACUUAAUAUUCAGACACAUUCUUUAAGCUAAGACCAGGACGGUAUAUUUUAAUGGCAUAACUACAAUAAGUAUUUUUUUAAACUUUUAUCAUCGUGGAAUUUUUCGGCUCACAUUCAUUAAAUGAAGACCAGUAAAGUAUAUUUUAUUUAUUAACGUCGUUAUUAGUAGUGCGUGUCAUGAAUUAGGAAAUCAAAGACCCAAUCGAAUUAGACGCCACGUGAACAUAUUGAUGUACUAUUACGGCCUUACAAAUAAACUUUGUAUAAACUUAUACCUGACUAACGCAAGAAUAUAAAAGUUAAUUACCAAUAAACAUUUUGAUUGUGAUUGGUUUAUUCGGACGUUUAACGUUUCCCGCGUUUAUUGGCAAUGCUGCUUGUCAUUCAGAAUACUUCCGAAUUAUCAUUGAAUUAAGAAUGUUGUCAGCGAUAUAGUCAGGUAUAGUUUAUUUAUAGGGCCUUUAGUGUCAAGUGUCAGAUCUGCCGUGACUACGAUUAAUGCAAUUGGAUCGAAAUAGCGGCUACAAAUAAAUAAAAUAUAUAUUGUGGGCACCUAUAAUAAUAAUAACUAUAUAAAGUUAACGAUGCUUUCGGUGAAAACCCGCAUUUGAAGAUAUUACUAUGUAAACUCAAAUCUGAGUUUCGGGCUUCUAUUAAAGGGAAGAAAAACUGAAUAUUAAAGCAACUCUAAGUAAAGGAUAGGAUCUCGUUUAUUGAACGAUACAAAUGAUCAGGUUUAUAUAAUAUUAUACUUAUUGUAGUGUUCACUGUACCUGCCAUGAGAAUGACAAUAACAUAAAUUAAUAGGGUCAUGGUUUGCCAUAAUAUUGUCUAGGGGACUUGCAGUAUAGAAGUUUAAAUAUAUAUGAUAUUGAUAAGUAGUUUUAUAAAAAAUAUUCCUAUCCAUGUGGCAGUUCUCAUUAUGUUAAUGUGUAAUUGUAGUUUGGAGGCAUUUGUAGUGGCUUAUUUAAGAAUACAGAACCGUAGAUAUAUUUGAUACUUCUAGAUAGACUGUGACAAAAAAAUAAGAAUACAGAACCGUAAAUAAUUACGUAACAGCAAGAGGCUUUGUCAGAGUAUUCCAAAUUUCAAAUAUAAACCCCCAUUAAAAAGAAAGAUUUUUUAAAUACAGUUGUAUUAUUAUAUGUGAAAUAGUUUCAAUAAACUAAAAAAUACACAAAAGUAUCAAUCUGUGGUUAUUCUUAAAGCCAGGUUCGUAUUUUGUUUGUUUUUUAAUAAAUAACAUUUUUUUUUCAUUGUUCUGUAUUCUUAGUUAAGAUAUAUCAUAAAAAUGGACCAAUUAUAUUAAGUAAAGACUUAUAAUUUUAAGUAAAAGGGCAGACAUUGUUAAGUAAAAGUUAUUCGUGCGUACAAAAAAUUUUUAGUAUAUAUAAGAAUAGUAUAAAAUAUAGAGGUUUUUAUAUGAAUUGACUUGAAUAUGGACCAAUGUUGAACGUGGAACACUGUGUUAUUAAUUAACGCGAUCUAAAGUUAUAACGAAUGAGCUUUUUGUGUUUAUCUUACCUCUGUCACUACAUAAUUAAUUAAUACAUGACAUGACAAAUUCAAAUUCAAAUAUUUUUAUUCAAAAUAGGAUUUAAAAUCACUUAUUGAACGUCAAAAUCUACCACCCAUUCAAAAGAGACUGCCUCAGACCUGAGAAGAAUGGGCGCAAGAAACUCAGCGGGCUGUUUUUUUUAAAAUAUAAAAUAUGGAUUACAAUGUAAUAUCGUACAAUAAACAUUUAUAAUUAAAGAGCCUGAGGGUGUUCGCUUUAUUCCCAGUCCGUGGUGUCAUUAAGAAUUUGCUUAUGCUGACAAGUAAUAUAACACCUGGAGUAGAUAACUUAACAUUUCGUUUAUAAUUAAGGCAGUAAUAGAACGGCGCACGCACACAUACACAUGAUUUACACGGCUUCUAAGCAAUCUUAGGAAGACAAAACUGCUGAGUGCCACGCCGGAUGCUAGACGCUGUCCGAGUCAUAUUAGCUGCGCCGUCCGCGUCAUCAAUCUUUUUGUAUGUACCAACCCUAGCGCUCCGCCCAGACAUAAGUAUAUAUUUCAAGGAGACCGCUGAGAUACACUACUGUUCUAUUACUGUACUUUUUUUUAUGAUAAUAAGGGACGAGACGAGCAGGACGUUCAGCUGAUGGUAAUUGAUACGCCCUGCCCAUUACAAUGCAGUGCCGCUCAGGAUUCUUGAAAAACUCAAAAAUUCUGAGCGGCACCACAAUUGCGCUCGUCACCUUGAGACUAAGAUGUCAAGUCUCAUUUGCCCAGUAAUUUCACUAGCUACGGCGCCCUUCAGACCGAAACACAGUAAUGCUCACACAUUACUGCUUCACGGCAGAAAUAGGCGCCGUUGUGGUACCCAUAAUCUAGCCGGCAUCCGGUGCAAAGGAGUUUUUAAACGUGAAGGUGUAGGUGGCGUAGCAUAUUGAACACGGGGCGAUUAACAUGACAUGUUUGAUAUCAUACACUUAUAAUAUAGUAGCUUAUAGACGACCUGGCAGCUCGAGAAUACGUUGCCAAUUUUGAUUUGUCUAUUCAAUUAAUUCAAAAUACUAGCUAGGGAGCUAAGUCCAAGUGUGGCUGACUGUUUACGACUUGACAAUAAAAAUCGGUUACAGUAACAAUAUAUUCGCUUACCUUUCCUAUCUUGCUGUAUCUGCGUUAGUAAUGUCCUUCCCUCUCGCACCUUUUGUUCGUCUAGACGCUAUUAUAUUGUAAGUCUGCUUGUGACUAUAGGUAGGUACUAUUUGUUUUUAUGAUUUUUGAGUUCCGAAUGUUCGUUAGAUUUUUGUAAUUGUAUUACAAAUUUGUUCAUUUAUGGUGAAUGUUAUUAUUGAAUACAUUUUGAUAAAUUGAAAAAUAUAUGAUAUGACCCAAACUAAAAAAUAUUUUUAUAAACAUUUUAUUAAUAUUAAUAUGUGUUUAUUAAGAAUUUCAUUUGUAAUAUAAAUAUAUAAGGCUGUGAGUGAGGUAAAGCUGUGACUAACAGUAUGUUACUGCAUACGAAAAUGUUAACAUAUUUAUGCCUUAUAUGAGAUGUGUUUUACGUUAGAUCAUUUAUUCGUGUAGAUAGACUGUGACAGGUGUGGAAACGUCGAAAAAAAUGUACAUGUUAACAGUUAGAACACAAAGUGACAUACAAAUCGUGAAUGUAAAACGUAGCUUGUCACACACUACACUAAUAAACCUGGCCUAUGUUCAUCGGUUGUCUAGCAGCAAGAGGCACUAUCCAGACGUAUAAAUUAGUAAAUAAGUAUUAGAAGUAGUAUGAAUACCGAAAUUAAAAAAAAGUUUUAUGAAACACACUUGAAUGGAGUUGGUAGGUGUUGUAAAUUACAAAAGUUAACACUUAUUAUAAAUAGGUUAUGUUAGAUUAAGAUAUUGUAUUAACAAAAUAAAGGUUAAUUCUUAAAUAAUUUAAACGUCUAGAUAGAAUGUGGCAGCUGUGAACAGGUCGAAAAAAUAGCGGCGAUCUGCUAACCUCUAUUGUCAGCAACGCUCGCACACUAACACAAAGUGUCUAACAAAUCGCGAGUGUAAGACGUAGCUGUCAAGCACACAUAAGUAAAUCUGGCCUGUUGUUAUGCGUUGCCUAUCUAGAUGUAUUAAUUAUUUUAGGUGUUAUUAUAGUACCAAAGUUUAUAUUAUGCGAAAUUAGAUAACAUAAAAUUAUUAAGUAAUGUUUUGGGAUUCUUUAUUAUACAUAUACAGCGUCGCGCUGUGAUGGCGAUAUUAAAUAAACAUACUGGUAUAACUCUUUAACCGUAUUUAUAAAAAAAUAUUUAAAAAUAAACUACAUAUUUCACUUAAAUAAAUCAAUUGUCCAUAAUAUCAUUUCGGAACACCCUGUAAGUAAUAUAGUGUAGUAGCCGUGCGCUAGCGUAGGCAUUGACACGUGCUCUCUUAUGCGACCACGUAAGUGUGAUUUAAAUUUUGUUUCUUAAAUAUAUGAUUUGUUGUUUUGAAAAUUUCAAUUAAUAAAUUUUAAUUUUAAAAUUAUUUUUUACGAUUAUGAUUCAGUUAGAUAGCUCUACCGCGUUCAUUUAAUGUCGCCAUUUAACAAAGAAUUCAUUUAAUAAAUGAAAUAAUCAACUACGUUAAAAUGUUUUUGUUUGUGAAAACAAUUUCGCCGGUAACCUGUUUGCUCAAUGAUGUAGAUAUGUUUCGCGUAAACGAAUGAAUGUGACAUAAAUAAAUUGCAAGUAAUUAUUAAGAA